ACAAACUUGCAAGAAGCAGAGCAUGCAGAAAAGCUCCGCGAGAAGACCCCAGUGCAGCAGCUCGGCAGGGUUUGAGGCUACAGAAGAGGAUUACAAUGAUUGCCACAACUCAACAAAACAUGACCACGGAGCUGGACCUGGGAAGUUCAGAUGGUCCCCCGCGGAACUGGAAGGGCAUAGGAAUCGCCAUGGUGGUGAUCCUGGCUGUUAUGUCCCUCGUCAUACUCUCUGUCAUCCUCCUCACGCCUGAUGAAACUCACUUGUUGCUCCGUUCCCAACUGACUAUGGAGGAUCUGGAGAGUGAGGAGUUCAAAGUUCAUGACCCCUCUGUAGCAUGGUUAAACGAAAACGAAGUGGCUCUUCGAACCAGAGAAGGACAUGUCCUAUCAUUCAGCCUCAACAGCAACCUCACCACGACUCUGCUGGACAACAGCUCCCUGGACCUGACCACGACUAAAUUCCAAGUCUCUGCAGAUAAGAGGUUCGUCCUCCUGGCAUACAACAUCAGACCGGUGUUCUCUCAGUCCUUCACAGCCUCCUAUGCUAUCCACGAUGUGGCUAAUGGGGACCUGCAGGAGCUCAACCCUCCGGAAAGAGAAAAAUCAGUGCUACAAUAUGCCUCCUGGGGGCCUCAGGGGAACCAGCUGGCCUAUGUGUUUGACGGAGAUAUCUACUACCAGCCAAGUGUGACUAGCAAACCCCUGCGUCUCACGAUCAAUGAAGCAGAGCAGAAUGUGGUGAACGGGCUCUCUGACUGGACUUAUGAAGAGGAAAUACUCCUGACAUAUGUUGCUCACUGGUGGUCUAUGGACGGGGCCCGGCUAGCAUACCUCACCAUCAACAACUCUGCAACACCUGUGAUGGAAAUUCCUCAAUUCUUGGGUGGUCUCUACCCCUCCAAUGUCGUCUUCCCCUACCCCAAGGCUGGCUCCAGUAUCCCAUCAGUAAGUCUAUUUGUGGUCAAUCUGUACGGUCCAGCUCACACUCUGGAGAUGAUUCCCCCCGACUCCCUCAGGGCCAGAGACAGCUACAUCUCCAUGGUGACUUGGAUCAGCAGCACCCGCCUCGCUGUACGUUGGCUGAAUCGUGCCCAGAACCAAUCAGUGCUCUGCGUGUGCGAGGCCACCACAGGGGCAUGCUCCGAGAAACAUAAAAUGGCCAUGGACAUAAUGCAGAACCAGCGGCAGGAGAUGCCGUUGUUUUCAGCGGACAGCUCUGUGUUUUAUACAAUCCUACCAGCAAAACAGGGCGCUCGAGGAGAGUUUCACCACAUCGCUGGUCUCUCAGCCCAGCCUGCCACCCCCUCCGUCCCUCCUCGCUUCUUGACAUCAGGGAGCUGGGACGUCACCUUGCUGUGCGCUCUGGACGAGAAGGCUGGGAAAAUAUAUUUCCUGAGCACUGAAGAAUCCCGACAGAGCAGACAUCUUUACAGUGUGGACCUGGAUGGAGUGUUUCAGCGCCAGUGCAUCUCCUGCAACCUCAUAGAUGGGUGCCGCUUCUUUAAAGCCGAAUUCAGCCCCAAUCAAACGUACUUCAUCCUAUACUGCUUAGGCCCCGGAAUCCCUAAAGUGACAGUUCACAGUACAAAGGACCCCUCCAGAUAUGUUGUUUUGGAGGAUAACAGCCCUUUAGAUAGAGCUUUGGAGGACAAGAGUCUGCCUGAGACACUGUUCAGGACACUGCCAGCUGACAACCAUGAUCUGCACCUGAAACUAUCUCUACCUCAGGGUUACGAGGCCAACCUGCACCCUCUACUCAUCAUUGUAGAUGGUGUUCCUGGCAGUCAGUCGGUGACAGAGGAAUUUGCCCUGGACUGGCCUCAGGUCCUCUCCAGCACUCACAAUGUGGCCUUGGCCUGGGUGGACGGCAGAAGCGGGGUUGGCCGUGGACAGAAGACCACGGCCGUGGACCCUCGCAGGCUUGGCUCGCUGAGAGUCAAAGAUUAUCUGGGAGUUGUUGAGUUGUUGAUGCAACUGUCUUACAUUGAUGAUCGCCGGAUGGCCCUGUAUGGCAAGGCAUUCGGUGGAUAUCUAACUCUCAAGAUGUUAGCUGCAACAAAUAAACUCUUUCAGUGCACUGCAGCUGUUGCACCUAUAACUGACUUCAGGCUUUAUAGUGCUGCAUUCUCAGAGAGGUAUCUAGGCCUUCCAGCAAAGGAGGAACACGCUUACUCGACUGCAUCUUUGCUGGAAGAAGUUAACAAGCUGAAAGAUGAGAACUUCCUUAUUCUACAUGGGACUGCAGAUGCGAGGGUACACUUCCAGCACAGCGCUGAGCUCCUGAGCCGGCUUGUGAAGGUGGAAGCUAACUACUCCUUGCAGCUUUACCCAGACGAGGGCCACAUCCUGAGGGAGCCGCGCAGUGUCCAGCAUUUCCAGCGGACUGUGGUGAACUACUUUCAGACAUGCUUGAAGCACAGCUUCUUCCUAGAUCCUGUAGAAGACGAAGAGGAGGAAGACGACUGAGCCCAGAGCCCCUCCCCUUCUUCUGGAGGGACAUUCUUCAGACUGUAUGCCAUUUUAUGCAUUACCUUGGGUCAGAUUACUGGACACAAGAGCACAGGAGUGGGGACCAAGCACAUCAGAUCACCUCCUAUGACUUCUGGAAAGUUGAUUGAUGUACUGUAUACCUUGUUGCGCACAUUUAUUAUUUCUGCUGUAUGUAUGAGGCUCUGUUUGUUUACAAGAAUCACUUGAGAUAAUGUGGACAAGAAGGCUACUGAUUCUGUCAGACGUUUACAAAGAUCUUAAAACAUGCAUGUCACUAUGGCUGCAUGAUGUGGAUUAGUUCACUUUGCAUUUUGUAUGUUUUGCAGGUCCAAAUAUCACCCUUCAGGGUUACAAGUGCAGAAUCUACCAGCAGCUGGGAACACAUUAAGAAAAGUCCUCACUGAUGCUAUUAAAAGACCAGCCUUACACAUUUAAUGAAUGCAUUUAUAAGGAUCACAUUCACAAUAAUGCAGAUUGAAGUCCUAUUAAGCUGAUUUUCCAGGUCAGCUCUGAUAAAAGUCAUUCAAACCAUAUAAACUCUUAGAUAACAUGCAAACUGGGUCAAAGGUUACCCCUCUGGGCAAACUCCUUGUCCUCAAGAUGGAGCUGUAAAAGUCAUCUUAGGUAUUUUGUACAGUGUGUUCUCAGCUUAAAUGAAAUCAAGUUAAAUAUAUGGAUCAUUUUGAAUGUGAUAAAUACAUUUUGUGGACUUAAACCACUCGUUUCUUUAGAAUAACUUGCAUUAUGUGAUUUAGGAUGGAUAUGCGACCAAGACAGGCUCCAGAUCAAGAAUGACUGCAAGAACAUGUGCGCUGGUUUCUCUGUACUGUGUCUGGAAGUAUGGGGCAGUAAUGUUUCUGUUUGAUAUGUCUCAGUGUUUUGAUAUGUAAUCAUUUCGUCAAUACUGCAGAAUUGAAUUAUCUCUCUGGACAAGCUGUUCAACCACUUUAGUCCAAAAAAGAUAACGAACUUAGCCAUCCAACUAUCAACCAAACUAAACUGGUAAACUGCAUGCAGGUGGUUUGGAAACGUAUGCCCUUGACUCCAAACAACCAGCUACUCCUUUUUUUUCCAACAGUCCUUGACAAUAAAGUUUGAACCUCUUGUUUUACAGCAAUA